GUGUAAUUGAGAAAUUACAACCCUGUUGUUCGGCUCGCUGGAUUUUUCCGAUGCCAUGUUGCUAUGCGUCAUUCCACUUUUGGACGAGGUUAGAAGACCAGCGAAUUUUGCUUUUACCCAUAACAAUCUGGUAGCAGGAUUUGGAAAGGACGUAGAGGAGCAUCAGAAGAUUAAGAAAUCAUUCUUAAAGCAUUUUAGUGGAAUAAAUAGCUCCGUUAGCUUCUACAGGCAUUUUCACAAUUCAAGCCAACAUUUUGUGGAAGCAGAAACGUCUCCUGCAGAAAAGCAAAAGUCUUCUUUAAUUAACAAAAAUAAAGUAUUUUCAAGAACAACGUUGUACGUAGAUUCGGACGAAAUGGCACCUCAUGAUAGGAACUUUGGCGCUCGUGGAGGACGUGGUGGAGAUGAUCGUCAAGCUAGACAAGGCGGCGGCCAUGGCGGUGGAAUGCGUAACGGCGGUGGUGAUUUCCACGGUGUUCGUAAUGGUCGUGUAGAUAAAAGUCGUGGUGGUCCCCGUGGAGGAAGUGGUGGUUUUGGCGGUGGCAGCGGUUUCGGUGGUGGUAACGGCGGAUACGGUGGUGGCAAUCGUGGUGGCACUCAAGACAUAACACUGGGAAGUGUAGAUUUUUCAAACUUGACUCCAUUCAAAAAGAAUUUUUAUGAGGAACAUCCUAUUGUUGCCAAUCGUUCGCCUUAUGAGGUUCAACGCUACCGGGAUGAACAUGAGAUCACCAUUCGUGGAAACGCGCCAAAUCCAAUUCAAGAUUUCAGUGAGGCAUACUUCCCAGACUACGUUAUGAAGGAAGUACGCCGCCAGGGUUAUAAGGCACCAACUGCAAUUCAGGCGCAAGGUUGGCCGAUUGCAAUGAGUGGAUCAAACUUUGUUGGUAUUGCGCAAACAGGAUCUGGUAAAACCCUUGGAUACAUAUUACCAGCUAUCGUACAUAUAAAUAAUCAAAAACCAUUGGAACGUGGGGAUGGUCCAAUUGCUUUGGUCCUAGCACCAACACGUGAGUUGGCUCAACAGAUACAACAAGUAGCCACAGAAUUCGGUUCAUCGUCAUAUGUGCGAAAUACCUGUGUGUUUGGUGGUGCACCAAAAGGGGGUCAAAUCCGUGACUUACAACGUGGCUGUGAAAUCGUAAUUGCUACACCCGGCCGUUUAAUCGAUUUUCUUGCAAUGGGUGCCACCAAUCUAAAGCGUUGUACAUAUCUUGUUUUGGAUGAGGCUGAUCGUAUGUUGGAUAUGGGUUUUGAACCUCAGAUUCGCAAGAUCUUAUCUCAAAUCCGCCCCGAUCGUCAAACACUUAUGUGGUCAGCCACAUGGCCCAAAGAGGUCAAACAAUUGGCAGAAGAUUUUCUCGGCAAUUACAUACAAAUCAAUAUCGGUUCAUUAGAAUUGUGUGCGAACCAUAACAUCCGUCAAGUGGUUGACGUUUGCGAAGAACAUGACAAGGAAGACAAACUUAAAUCUCUACUGUCUGAGAUUUACGACACCAGUGAAAAUCCUGGCAAAAUUAUAAUCUUUGUGGAGACUAAACGUCGUGUGGACAAUCUUGUUCGCUUCAUCCGCAGCUUUGGUGUGCGCUGUGGUGCUAUCCACGGUGAUAAGUCUCAAUCUGAGCGCGAUUACGUUUUGCGUGAAUUCCGAUCGGGAAAAUCUAACAUUCUAGUAGCAACUGAUGUAGCUGCUCGUGGUUUGGAGGCCGAUUAUUGUAGUAUGGUGGGGAUAAAAAAUGAACAACUUUUAACAUGACGCAAUACACCAUAAUUGCGUUGAAAACUGAACUCUAAAACUUUAUCGUGCAAAGCGUCAGCGAAAAGUUAUAUGAUAAAAGGAGCUUUUCAUCCUAAAAGCCAAUUAAAAAAUAGGUACAACAGUACUUCCCUCAAAAUUCCGUGGCAAAGAGGAUGUCGUCGAAACAUCUAAUGUCACAAAAUUGCACAAAUCAUCAAAGCAAAUGGAUACGCUCAUGCAACAAACGUUCAGAAAACGUUACAGUGCAUCAAAGCGUUUACACAUCUACUCCAGAUUAAAAUAAAACUAAAUGCGGCACAAAAACGCGAAAUAUAAAACGCCUCGUCGUAUAAAACAUUGUUGUUCUUUUGUGUUUUAAUAUACCUUGCCAGAUAUAAAAAACUAUGUAUAUCUUGCUUUCCGUCUUGGCAAUCAAUAUGCAAAGAGUUCUGCGAUAGUACAAAAUAUCCCUAUCAUCAUGCAGCAUAUGUGGCCUCUGCUAUCUGUUUUAUUUAAGUGAUACUAUUGUAAAAUAAUAAGCAAUAUAUCGAGUGUGAAUAAAUGAAAGGUUAUUAUAACAUUAGGAUGACCUUAAUGAUGAUCUUAAAAUGAAAAUACACAUACAUGUAGAAAGGCUGAUCCAAGAUUAUUAUAAAUUAUAUUAGUUUUGAUAGUUCUAUUCUCCGUAAUGUAAUCGUCGCCAAAUCACACGCAGGCACUUAGAGAAACUCCAUACAAUUAAAUGCAUGUUCGUCCUACAGUUAUCACAAUUAUCGCAUGUGUUCUUUGGUUUCUUCGUAUCGACUUCGUAAAAUAUAACCUGAUUUGUUAAGAACAGGAUCACCACGCCUUAUAUUGACUUUGGAUUUAAUUAUUAAAUUUUAGUGCUUUUUAAGUAAAUAUAUUGCUAAUCACAGCGGGGAUCCUGUUCAUCGUGUAAACGCGUUAAUAUGGUUGCUUGGUGUAACGUGGCAUGGUGUAAAAAGUGUUUUGCCUUACUACUCAACUACUCAUAUGUUGAACGGAGAAAAACCGGUUGUAUCAAACGAGUUGGUGGCGACCUUGAUUUGGACAAAACACAAAUGUUGAGAAGCUGUUGCUGUUGUUCUCUUUCUAACUUGGGCAUCACAGAACACCAGUUCAUCAUUUGCUGCGCGUCCAGAAAAAAGCGUCGUCGUCUUCAAAGGGCUUUUGAGCAACAUAUUCACAUUAAAAAAUUCCAUGAGAUGCGGAAAAUUCGUGCAAGGCAAAACGUCUAUUUCCAAAAAGUGCCACAAAUGCAUCGCAAAGCUGCCAACAAAGGACACAUUUGCAACGUGGACUUGAUUGAUAUAUAGUAUAUUAUCUUGGACGAUAUGCAUAUUUAAGGAAUGGUUGAAAUGACAAAGUUAACUUAGAUGAAGAAUAAAAAGCAAUCAUAGUCUUUGUCAACAUAUGCCUGCGGUAGUGGUUUUGCCUGAACAAUGGAUGAUGGAUGCACGACGUCGGUGGGCGGCGCACAAAAACUCUACCAUCAAAUAGUUGAAUGUGCGCUGAACUCCAAUCGAGACGCACUUACCUCAGUACAGGUGCGGAAUCGAGCUGCAUCGUUCGUCCAUCUUGUAUCCAUAUAAUCUUGAAAAAAGAAAAAGGGA